UUGAUUAAUUGAAUUGAUUAAAAAUGGAGUUGAGCAAGCUUCAAAAUGAAAAGGAGCUACAAAAGAAAAACAAAGUUAUUGAUGAACAAGUCUGGAAUGCUACAAGCGAAAAUUAUUUUAACAAAAGAGAUUGCGAAUGGAUUCAGAUGAGAUAGGAUACUUAUUGUGGUGACCAAAGAGCAUUAAUGUUCUCUUUCAAGAAAUUAACUCAUAUAAAGUUAGAAACUUUAGGCUAUUAUGGACUUUGGCAAGAUCGUAAUCAUAAGAACUUCAGCAAAUUCAUCACAAAUAAAUUGACUAAAGAUUUUAAUAUGUUAGCAAUAACUUUUGACCAGCAGAAAAGAGAUAAAACUCCGUAUUAUUCUAGAUUUAUCAUAAAGCUUCUUCCUGGAGUUAUGAAAAGCUUCUAUUUGUGCUACUCUAAUAUUUCUCAACGCAAAUUGAGGAGGAUAAUUCAAUUUGGCAGACAUAUUGAAAGAAUAGAAUUUGAACAGUGAGAUAUAGAAUUCAGAGGGAUUGGUCUGAGUAAAUCCUUGCAUUACUCCAUACAUUAUAUUUACUUCUAUUUUAUGGAUAGUAGUAAAUACUAUCCACCUGGAGUAUUGAAAGAAGAUAUUCAAGACUUUAUCAAAGCAAUCUCCACAACAGAUUUAAGCAUUGGUCUUAAACAAUUAACGUUUGAUGUCCCAGAGUAUUUCCAAGCAGCUACCGAUCAAUCUAUAACCCUCAACUGCAUCAACUUCAAUAUCUCAUGCCCAAAUUUAUGGGACUUCUAA